UAAAUCUAGAUUGAUAUCUACACAUUGGUGUCCAACUCAGGGUACCACAGAAGAAAAAAGACAACUAAAGGAACACCUGGACAAAAUAUAUUUGAGGAAUGAGCGUCGUUGUUCCCGAACCCCCUUGUAUGGCAGAGACUUGUUAGAAAUUUGUUCGUGGAUCAAUGAAAGAAAAAUUUCUCAGCACUAUCCUGCCAGGAUUAACAAAUGGGGCUGGGCUGGCUUUGCAAAUUGCUUUCCAUAUUCAAGUACUUCGGAGAUUCUAAAGGAUCCACUGCAAGAACUCAUUCUGACACUAAAGCACCAAAAGAUUGCCCUGAAGGAUAUUGUUACUAGAGGCCUCUGUGUGUUGCCAGCUGUAGUUGUUGCUCCUCCAUGUUUGUAUGUAGCAAAUCCUCCUUAUUCAUAUACCCAUGAAAUGAAGGUCUUCAAGUUUAAUCUGAAGGAACAGCUACUGUCCUUCUUCCAUCCAGUGCAGCAGAUAGCAAGGCCUCAUUUUAUACAGUUUCCAGACCCCCAACUGGUGCAACUUGAUUCAGGCAAGAUGGAAGCGCUAGCUGUUUUGCUUCAGAAAUUGAAAGGAAGAGGGCAUCGUGUACUGAUUUUGACGCAGAUGAUUCCAAUGCUUGAUAUACUGGAGCUUUUCUUAGACUUCCAUUUUCUCACGUACAUAAGAGUUGGUAAGACUGAUGCUCACGUUUGCCAUUAUCUGGAAUCCAUAAAAAGCUUCAACCAAGACAAGAGAUUCUUCUGUGCUAUUGUUUCUUCCCACACUCCUUCUACAGGUGUCAGCCAUGUAGAUGCGGACACUGUUGUGUUCUAUGAUAUUGAUUUAGAUCCACUGUCAGAUAAAAAGGCUAAAGAGUGGUGUGAUAGAAUUGCAAGAGGCAGAGAUAUUCACAUAUACAGGCUUGUAAGUGGUAAUUCUGUAGAAGAGAGGCUGUUGAAAAAUGGUAUUAAACAUCUGAUUCAAGAAGUGGCUACUCAGGGAGAUGACUGUUCAGGAGAAUUUUUAACUCAGGCUCUUUGUACUGAGUGUGGAAAAGAGGAUUCCAAAAAGUUUACAGAAGAGACACGAUCUGACAUAAGAGAUGACAUAGAUUCAGAGUUGUAUAAUUCAAGAAAUACCACGGCUCCUUCGCAGUUAGAAGAGCUGGCUAGCUUUGUGGAUCAGCUUACACCAAUUGAAAAAUAUGCAUUGAAUUUCUUGGAAUCGUCUCAUACUAUGAAUGAUCAAAAAAGCAAGAAAGUCAGCAAGGAGUUAAAAACUGCAAACAUAAAAUGGGAAUACCAGCAUGCCGAGGAGCUGAAAAAGGCAAAAGAAAAAACUCAGCAGGCAGUGAAAGAAGAACUCUUAACCUAUACCAGACAGGAUGCUUACAACAUGGAAUUUGUCUGUGAAAGACCAGAUGGACAAGUAGAAGUUAUGCCUAUUUGGACUCCCCCUGUUGUACCUGAGAAUCACAAUGAUGUCUACACUGAUUCUGUUAUGUGUCUGAUGUACAGUAGUACCCCAAUACCAGAGUCUAAGCUUCCACCUCCGUUUGUCAGGAAGGCACGUAAGCGGCAGAGAACAGAUCUGCCUUCUCCAGGUGAAAGAAAGAAACAUUGCCGUAGAAGGAUUCCUCCACCUUCGCUUUUUGAUCAAGUGACUCCAAGAACAUUGAAAACACGACAAAAGAGCAAAGCCCAGAAGGCCCACCUCUUGGUAAAACAGCAAGUGUAUUUUGCAAGACCUUUGUCAGCUCACAUCAAGUCAGCUGCUGGCACUUGGCAAGAUAGUCCUGCAUGGCUAAUUAGUGAAGAUGUGGCACUGUUAAAAGCGGUGAAACAGUUACUGGCACUUCCUUUAAACCUUGCUAUCCUGUCGCCAGCGCAGACAGUGAACUGGGACUUUGUCAGCGAUGUUGUUAACUCUUGUAACUAUGUUUGUCGCUCCCCAGAACAAUGCCAAAAUCAUUACAUAAAAACAUUUGUAGGUGCAGAAGGAAAGAACAUAAAUGGUUAUCCUCUUCGUGUUAGACAAGCCUAUCCUAAAGACAAGAAUUCUGAGCAUAAUCAAAUCUAUAUGAACCAUUUUGAGCUGAUGACAAUGACUGCUAGAAAAAGAAGUUUCUCAAACAGGUUUCUUGUAGGCAACUAUGACAAGCCAUUUAUGUCUGAAGUUGUUUCCAGCUCUGCAGAGCCUAUGACGACAAUGGAAAAGGCAUUGACUGAAGAUGUAGUAGCUCCACAGCUGCAGGAGUGGCAGCCUCCUCAGAAGCAAGAUGAGGGACAAACAGUGGAGCAAGUCCAAACUCAGUCAACCACAAUGGGGAACACAGGCCUCAGGAAGUAUGCUCACUCCAGCCACAGCUACAUUGCAGCAGAUGUCCACAGUACCCGCUGUUGCAGCACAGCCGAACCUGUAACUCCCUGUCAGUUUUUUCAAGCAGAAGCACUCGACAGCAUGCGUUGUGACUCUCAGUCUGAUGGCAACUGUAUACAUGCAGAUACUUUAGAUGAUUCAGUUUAUGUUAGGUAAUCUUUUACUUUACAUUCUGCUGUUGAAAAUAAAUGCCUCAAGUCGUUAGUAAAUAUCAUUGUUCACUUUUAAAUUGGCAAUAUGUGAAAAUGAUGGGAGAACACUCUUUCAUUAAGUCCUUUACUCUUCAGAUAACAGUGUAGUUCAUUUUAAUUACAUACAAAUAUGUUGGUAUUUAAAAUUACAUUUUCUGUCACUUCUUUUCAAUUUUAUCUUAAAUACAUCCACAUUCUAUACUUUUAGCUAGUAACA